UUCAACAUGUUCAAAAUCUACACUUAAGCUAUUGAAGAAGGAACGACAGCCAAAAUUUACCAAUGGUUACUCGCACAUGACUGCUUGUGAGCUAUGUGAGCGUACGCGUAUAAGAGAAAGAACAAUUUUGUCUCAAAGGAUCAUCAACCGGAGUCAUAUCGUCGAUUUCGACUUUGACUCCUUUGACUUAUCAUUAUCGAUGGUCGCUUCUGGGGUAUAAUUAAGGUUUUCCAGUUGAUACUGCAAGGCCCCAUAUACAAUACUGUAAAAUUUGAGCAGUCAAAAUGACAUCGGUACCCACUCCAACUACCAACCAAAUUCUGCCACUGGAGCUGGUGGACAAAUGUAUUGGGUCUCGUCUACACAUCAUAAUGAAGAAUGACAAAGAGAUUGUGGGCACACUGUGUGGGUUUGAUGACUUUGUCAACAUGGUGCUGGAGGAUGUGACUGAGUAUGAGAGCACACCUGAGGGCCGACGUGUCACCAAGCUGGAGACGAUCCUGCUCAAUGGCAACAACAUCACCAUGCUCGUGCCGGGAGGAGAGAUGCCGGAUAACUGAGCCAACGCGCUCGGGCCCAGCUCGGAGCCAUCUCAUCUCAUCAUGCCCUGACAUCCCUGCCCUGUAUUCUAUGUCGCCAUGUCAUUUGUUAUAAUAUAAGAUUGUCCAAACUCGCUGAGUUUUAUGCAGGAUAGAGCAGUCCUCCCUAU